AACCUAGUAAAUCUUUCUACCCAGCACUUCUACCUAGUACAAUGGCUUUCAGGAUAUUUUGUAUACUGCUAUUGUUAAUGACCCUUUUGGAUAUAUCCAUGUCUUUGGGUCAAAAACGCCCCCAGUAUAAGUGGUGCACAAAGGUUGUCGAUGGAUAUUGUGCCAAUUAAGUUAUAAAAUCUUUCAUUUCCUAUAUUUAAUAAAAUCAAAAAAUAAAAAUACUAGCCCAAGUAACCCAUGUGUUUUUUGAUUAAGCGAACUCCAUGAAUUACUAAUAAAACUAUACUUUAAAACAUAAUAAAACAAAAUGCAGGCAGUUGAUGUUGAGCCCAAGCGAACAAAGAGAUAUGUGGAGGAAGUUUUCAGCCAAAUCCAGGCCAAGCCUGGUGUGGAGGAAAUACUCAUCAUGAAUCACUCUGGCGUGCCUGUCAAAACGUCAAUGGAGCGUCAAGAGGGCCUCCAGUAUGCCUGUCUCUACGACAACUUGCGGGAAAAGUGCCAGGCAUUCCUCUCCAAAAUGGAACCACCACAAACACUGACCCUUCUGCGGGUCCGCACCAAGUAUAAUGAGGUUUUGAUCUCGCCGGAUGCCAAGAUAACCGUUUUGGUUGUCCAAAACGCCAAAGACACUUUCCUUAAACUAAAAGAGAAAGGCGCCACCAUGUUCUAAUAAUUAAAAACAUCUAUUUUCCAAACGAGAGACCGUUCACCAAGAACCCUUUGAUUAGGGCCACACAAAUGUUUACUAAUCUGCGCCUGUUUGAAGUCAAAUGUAUCGAAAAAAUAAAGCUUUGAGUUGAACAAUUCCGUUGGCCAACAACAGUUGUCCGGCCACAGACUUGUGAAGAACAUUGAAAA